ACUAAUAGAUUAAGGUGUUAGAUCGGGCAUAUUCUUCAACUUCUGGCCUUUCACAUAAAACACUUGAUAUUACCCAUUUUGUGCGAUCGAAAGUCAUCUUCCUUGGGCCUCUACUCCAUUACUAUUCAUCAUUUUUUUUUUUUAUCAUCAAUAACAAGAUAAAACCAAAACCCAAUCACCCUGAAAUCCUUAUUCUACAAGUUUUGACGCAUGAAAUGAAUAGCCCAGACGAAAAAGAAAAGAGACGAAGCAGAAAUUGAAAAGAAUUUGUGAUAAGAGAAACUUUGUUGUUCAUCUCUGCAUGUAGACAUGUCUAGAUGCAGAGAAAUAAUGGAAGUAUUGAAUAGAAUCAAAGGAGGAUUAAGUAGACCUGUAUGGGUAUCUGUGGUGCUUGUGUUGACAAUGAUGGCUCUGUUUAAAAGCCUAGAGAUCAAGAGGGACUAUUAUUCAAUCUUCUCGAUCCCGUUGGAUUUCAUCUCAGGGCGGGUAGGAUUAAUGUCGGGUAGGAUUUCAUCUCCUCCUCCUCCUCCUACUCGGGGCAGCUGCUCUGACUUCUUCAGGGCGAUGCCUGCAGGGAGGAAGAUGGUGAAGUCGAUCAGGGAUUUUGGUGGGGUUGGCGAUGGCAAAACCUCAAACACCCAGGCCUUUAAACGGGCAAUCCAGUUUAUGGAGCGUUUCAAGGCCACUGGUGGCUCCCAACUUGUUGUUCCCAAAGGUCGAUGGCUUACCGGUAGUUUCAAUCUUACUAGCAAUUUCACCCUCUUCCUCCAACACGGCGCUGUUAUCCUCGGUUCUCAGGAUCCAAAGGAAUGGCCAAUAAUUGAGGCUCUGCCUUCAUAUGGAAGAGGGAGAGAGAGACUGGGAGCGAGACAUAUUAGCCUCAUUCAUGGAAAUGGUCUCGCCAAUGUUGUAAUUACAGGGGAAAAUGGGACCGUAGAUGGUCAGGGAAAGAUGUGGUGGGAGCUUUGGUGGAAUAGAACUCUUGUAUACACCCGAGGCCACCUGGUUGAACUGAUUAACUCUCAGAACAUCCUGAUCCAAGAUCUUACAUUCCUCAACUCCCCGUUUUGGACAAUUCAUCCCGUCUAUUGCAGGAAUAUUGUAAUCAGAAACAUGACUAUUUUGGCUCCUUUGGAUGCCCCCAACACAGAUGGCAUUGACCCAGACUCCAGCUUGAAUGUUUGCAUUGAAGAUUGCUACAUCGAGAGUGGUGAUGACCUUAUAGCAGUGAAAAGUGGUUGGGAUCAGUAUGGUAUGAAAAUGGCUCGUCCAAGCUCAAAUAUCAUUGUAAGGAGAGUGAAAGGCACAACUCCAACAUGCUCUGGGGUUGGUAUCGGCAGUGAGAUGUCUGGAGGUGUUUCUAAUGUCAUCAUAGAGGACUUAUAUGUUAGAGAUUCGGCAGCUGGUCUGCGGAUUAAAACUGAUAUUGGAAGAGGUGGAUACAUCGCCAAUAUUACGAUAAAUAACAUGAGAAUGGAAAGAGUGAAGGUGCCCAUUAGGUUUAGCAGUGGAGCAAAUGAUCACCCUGAUGAAAGAUGGGAUCCGAAAGCACUUCCUAAAGUAAGAGGUAUUCUUAUCACUAAUGUGGUCAGUCUAGAAUCGAAGAGACCUCCCUUGCUAGAGGGCAUAGAGAAAGCACCAUUUGAGGACAUACACAUGAAAAACAUCAGUUUAUUUGGGCUAGCCCCAUCUAUGAGGUGGAACUGUGAAUUUAUCUCUGGUUCUAGCUGCAGUGUUUUCCCUGCACCAUGUUCUCAGUUGCUCAAGAAUGAAUCCACAUUUCAGUGUCCAAAUUAGUUUUCCUUCUUCACAACAAGCGAAUUUGAAUCAUGUUACAAUUGAGAUGAUUUUCUUUCAUGCAUUAGCAUGAAUCUCAAUGAACUUCCGGAUCACAUCAUGCCUGACGAUCCCUGUCGCCCCAAACGUCAGAGUGCAAUUCCGCCUAGGAUCGGACUUGAGAUUGAGGUCUUGUUGACUCCUAACCGCAAACACAAGUAUCUCUGGUCUAACCAGUAAUAUAUAUCGAGUAAGAUAUCUUUCACUCGGAGACGGAUUUGGCUCUUUUUUGUCUCCCCUUGUCUCCAUUUCUUAUGUCUUAUUUAAAUAGGUGACAUGUCCCAUAUUAAUAUCACUAUUUUAGAGUUAAGAUAAUCGAUAUUUCAAUAUAUUUUCUCUGAAA